CUUCUCUGCUCACUAUAUCUAUUGUCUCUCUCAUACUAAAGGACACAUUUUUUUCUGAGUAAUUGGGUUCCGUUGCCGGUGGUCGGCUUUCGCUUUGCUGUAUUUUGUACCGGUUGUUUUCUGUUACCGGUUUCAAGUGGUUAUCAUUAUGGUGAGGAAGAGAAGGACCGAACUCCCUUCUAGUGGUGGUGAGAGCUCCCAGUCCCAAGAAGCGAGUGCAGGCAGUGGUCGUGGCUCUCAAAGGCUGACGGAAAGGAGUGCUCCACCACAGCAGGGUGGAGGUGGGGGAUUUCAAGGUGGUGGAAGAGGCUGGGGUUCUCAAUCUCAGCAAGGAGGUCGUGGAGGUUAUGGUGGUGGCCGUGGUCGUGGACCCCCACAACAGCAACAAUACGGUGCACCCCCUGAACAACAAGGCAGGGGAAGGGGAGGACAAGCCCAGCAAGGAGGUCGUGGUGGGCGAGGAGGACCUUCUGGUGGGCCAUCCAGAUCACCACAGUUUCCCGAGCUGCACCAAGCAACCCCGGCUCCUUAUACGCCUGGGGUGACCUCUCAGCCAAUGCCAUCUGAGGCCAGUUCAUCUCGGUCGUUUGAGCCAACACAAGUCACUCAGCAGUUUCAGCAAUUAACAGUUCAGCAGGAAGCUUCUUCUAGCCAACCAAGUCAAGCUGUGCCACUGCCAACCUCAAGUAAAUCUAUGAGUUUCCCACUUAGGCCUGGCAGGGGAAUUUCUGGCAUUAGGUGUAUUGUCAAGGCUAAUCACUUUUUUGCUGAACUACCUGAUAAGGAUUUACAUCAAUAUGAUGUUACCAUUAAUCCAGAGGUUACUUCUCGUGGAGUGAACCGUGCUGUAAUGGAGCAGCUCGUGAGAUUAUACAGAGAAUCCCAUCUUGGAAAGCGUCUUCCGGCGUAUGAUGGUCGGAAGAGCCUGUAUACUGCUGGGCCACUUCCAUUUAUCUCAAAGGAGUUUAAUAUCACUCUACUUGAUGAAGAUGAGGGACAAGGCGGGCAAAGGAGAGAGAGGGAAUUCAGAGUUGUGAUAAAAUUGGCUGCUCGUGCUGACCUACAUCAUUUAGGUCUCUUCUUGCAAGGGAGGCAACCUGAUGCACCUCAGGAAGCGCUGCAGGUUCUUGACAUUGUUCUGCGUGAAUUGCCUACUACUCGGUACUGUCCUGUGGGUCGGUCAUUUUAUUCACCAGAUCUAGGGCGAAGGCAGCUCUUGGGAGAGGGAUUGGAAAGCUGGCGUGGUUUCUACCAAAGUAUUCGUCCAACUCAGAUGGGACUGUCACUGAAUAUUGACAUGUCCUCCACUGCUUUCAUUGAGCCAUUGCCAGUGAUCGAAUUUGUACAACAGCUCCUGAAUAGAGAUGUUUCUGCUAGACCAUUGUCUGAUGCUGAUCGUGUGAAGAUAAAGAAGGCUCUUAGAGGAGUUAAGGUUGAAGUUACACAUCGGGGAAAUAUGCGUAGGAAGUAUCGUAUAUCUGGUUUGACAUCACAAGCAACAGGAGAGCUGACUUUUCCGGUUGAUGAUAGUGGCACCUUAAAAUCUGUUGUUGAAUACUUUUAUGAGACUUAUGGUUUCACGAUUAAACAUACGCAGUGGCCCUGCCUUCAAGUGGGAAAUCAGCAGAGACCUAAUUAUUUGCCUAUGGAGGUUUGCAAAAUUGUUGAGGGUCAGAGGUACUCCAAAAGGUUGAAUGAAAGGCAGAUUACUGCUUUGCUAAAGGUGACAUGUCAGCGUCCUAGUGAUAGGGAGCGUGAUAUUUUGGAGACCGUGAGACAUAAUGCGUAUCAUGAAGAUCCUUAUGCAAGGGAGUUUGGAAUCAAAAUUAGCGAGAAGCUUGCGUCAGUUGAAGCUCGCAUUCUGCCAGCACCUUGGCUGAAAUAUCAUGAUACUGGUAGAGAAAAGGAUUGCCUGCCUCAGGUUGGACAAUGGAACAUGAUGAAUAAGAAAAUGGUUAAUGGAGGAACGGUUAACCACUGGCUUUGCAUUAAUUUUUCACGCUCUGUUCAAGAUCAAGUAGCACGUGGCUUUUGUUAUGAGCUUGCCCAAAUGUGUUACAUUUCUGGCAUGGCAUUUGAGCCUGAGCCAGUACUUCCGGUGAUAAGUGCUCGUCCUGAACAGGUGGAGAGGGUCUUGAAAACACGGUACCAUGAUGCCAUGGCCAAACUGGGAUCUGGAAAGGAUCUUGACCUACUAAUUGUCAUUCUCCCUGAUAAUAAUGGCUCUCUUUAUGGUGAUUUGAAGCGUAUUUGUGAGACAGAUCUUGGUGUUGUUUCCCAGUGCUGUUUAACUAAGCAUGUCUUCAGGAUGAGUAAACAGUAUUUAGCUAAUGUGGCGUUGAAGAUAAAUGUGAAGGUUGGAGGAAGGAAUACUGUGCUUGUUGAUGCAAUAUCUAGGCGUAUACCUCUAGUCAGUGACCGACCUACUAUAAUUUUUGGGGCUGAUGUUACCCAUCCUCACCCCGGAGAGGAUUCUAGCCCAUCAAUUGCAGCUGUUGUGGCAUCACAAGAUUGGCCGGAGGUCACAAAAUAUGCAGGAUUGGUUUGUGCUCAAGCUCAUCGACAAGAGCUCAUCCAAGAUUUAUACAAGACAUGGCAGGAUCCUGUAAGAGGCACAGUUUCCGGAGGCAUGAUUAAGGAACUCCUUAUUUCUUUCCGCAGAGCAACUGGGCAGAAGCCACAGCGCAUUAUCUUUUACAGGCAUUUUCAUAGUUUCCUGCUGCUUUCUGUUUUGCUAUUACCUUUUCUUGCAAUAACUGCUGAUGUAAAGUUUAUUUGCAGGGAUGGUGUCAGUGAAGGGCAGUUCUAUCAAGUGUUGCUCUAUGAACUAGAUGCUAUUAGAAAGGCAUGUGCAUCCCUGGAACCAAACUAUCAGCCUCCUGUGACUUUUGUUGUGGUUCAGAAACGUCACCACACAAGGUUGUUCGCCAACAACCAUCAUGACCGCAAUACGGUUGACAGGAGUGGGAAUAUAUUGCCAGGCACUGUUGUGGACUCCAAAAUUUGUCACCCCACUGAAUUUGACUUUUACCUCUGUAGCCAUGCUGGAAUUCAGGGUACAAGCCGUCCAGCUCACUACCAUGUACUGUGGGAUGAGAACAAGUUCUCCGCUGAUGGACUCCAGUCCCUCACAAACAACCUGUGCUACACAUAUGCAAGGUGCACACGUUCUGUUUCAAUUGUUCCACCGGCAUACUAUGCGCAUCUUGCUGCAUUCCGAGCUCGAUUCUACAUGGAACCAGAGACAUCAGAUAGCGGUUCAAUGACAAGCGGCACUGCUGCUGGACGCGGAGGCAUGGGUGGAGGGGCAGCUGCAAGGAGCACUCGAGGACCCAGUCUUAAUGCUGCAGUUAGACCGCUUCCUGCACUGAAGGAGAAUGUCAAGAGGGUUAUGUUCUACUGUUAGGCGCUAUCAAAGACAUCAUUAAAAUAAGUAGACAUUUGCUAUGUUAAGGCUGUGAAAUGCCGAUUGAAAACUGGUUCUGAAACUCUGCUAUGUAUUUUGCUUUGUUGCUGGUGGGGAGCAAAGAUGUCCUAAUUAUUGACUUUGCUAUUUUGUUCUGGUAAAAUUUCCCAGGGUUGUUCCCAUUUGAAGUUC